AUGGCCAUGAGUAGCUCAAAAGUUCGACUAUUAAGUGUCCCGAGGAUUGCUCAAACUCUCUGUAUUGCACACUUGAGCUCUCUAUAUCAAGGUAAAAUUGGUGGAAUUGAUGAUUGGGAAGUUACUAAUAAUGAAAAACGGACACUAGUCCUGCUUGGGCGAACAGGUAACGGAAAAAGUGCUACAGGGAAUUCUAUACUUGGAAGUAAGGAAUUCAAUUCCAAGUGUAGCUCAAAUGGUGUUACAACUACUUGUGAACUUAAGACUACUCGACUAGAUAACGGUUUGAUCAUUGAUGUCAUAGACACCCCUGGAUUGUUUGAUUUUACUGGUGAGCCUGACGUCAUAGGUAAAGAAAUUGUUAAAUGCAUGGAGUUGGCAAUGGAUGGGAUCGAUGCUGUUCUAUUGGUUUUGUCCGUGCGAACACGCUUCUCUAGAGAAGAAUUAGCUGCAAUCCAAAGCUUUCAAGAAUUCUUUGGGGAAAAAAUUAGAGAUUAUAUGAUUAUUGUCUUCACUGGUGGUGAUGAACUUGAUGAGACUUUGGGUGACUACUUAGGCAAGGACUGUCCAGAGCCUUUAAAGGAAACAAUUAAGUUGUGUGAUGAGAGAUUUGUGCUAUUCGAUAAUAGGACUAAAGAUCCAAAGAAGAAAGAAGACCAAUUGAACAAACUUCUUUCCCUUGUGACUCUUGUUUUACAAAAGAAUAAUGAAGUACCAUAUACAAAUGAAUUGUUCAAGAAACUGAAGGCAUUGAAGGCUAAAGGCGAGUUGAAUGAACCAUUAAAAAUGUCUUACGAGGAGCAUUGCAUAAAACUAACUGAAAAUUUUACAUCAUUGCUGAAGGAGAUUACAAAUAUUCUUUUUGAACAAUGGGCUAUUGAGCGUGCUGAUAGGAUAGCAGAAAAACAGAAAGCUGAAGCUGCUUGCGCAAAAUCUGUGGAUGAAAUGCGCGAUUUGAGAGAGCAAUUCGAGCAUCUUCAAAGUGAUUCUAGGAAAGGUGGAUGUCACAUUUUAUAA